AUGCUAUUGAGACAUUUAAGUGCAAUGAAAUGCGAACUGACUUGGCCAUCUGAUUCUCUGAAACUGGCUUAUUAUGGCUUCGAUGGCUGUGAGAACUGCGUCAUACCGGUGUGCGUAGUAUUGUAUUGUUAUAUUGUUAUAUGGAGAAAAGUAGACCAACGACACAUUCCGGGUGAAGAGAUUGGUAGCAAACGACUCAGACAAAGAAGGGAAAAGGAUGCCAUUAAGGUCACGAAAAUUAUUUUAGCCAUUACUACAUACUUUGUCCUUUCGGGAGUACCACUGUACGUUGCAUUUUUCGUUUGUGAAUUCAAUAAGGACGAACGGAAUCAAGAGCAAAAUCUUACCAUUCAUUUUUGGCUGGAUUGGUUGGCUCUUACUCAUUUGUUUGUGAAUCCCUUUCUGUACUGUAUGUUAAGUACGCACAUGAGAAAAAGUUUUAAGAAAUUAAUUAAGUGUAAAGUUGGAACAGUAGCUAAAAACGAAAAUGUGUCACUGUCGACGACAACAUCUCGGACAACCAUCACAAAUUCUAUUAAACUCACUACCAAUGAUGACGAUGAGCUUCGUAGUUAA